AUCUCCCGUGCUUUUCUACCCAUCUCCGCCCUCCCUCCCUCCGCCUCCCACCACCACCACCGCCCAUGGGUGACUACCACCGCCCCUACCGGGGCGACCUCCGCUCGCCGCCGUCCUCCGCGCCGGACCCCGCCUCCACGCACGCCAACGGCUACUUCUCUUCCUCGGCCUCCCCGCACUCCAACAACGGCUACUUCUCCCCCGCCUUCGCCAAGAACGACGCUUUCCCUGGCGCCGGCGGCGACCGGCGCAUCGAGAUCUACACCACGGCGCCUCCGCCGCACCUUCCCCCGCCGCCGGGACACACGCUGGCGCUGCCCCCGCCGCCGGGAUGGAAGGAGGGGCGCAUGGGGGGAGGAGGCGGCGGCGCGGGCAGGAAGGGCGGAGGCGGAGGGGGCGGGGCAAGCAUGUGGUGCCUCAGCGACCCGGAGAUGAAGCGGCGUCGAAGGGUGGCCAGCUACAAGGCCUACUCGGUGGAGGGCAAGGUGAAGGCGUCGCUACGGCGGGGGCUCCGGUGGUUCAAGGGCAAGUGCUCCGAGAUCUUCCACCACGGAUGGUAACCUCUGAUAGCUGGCUGGCUGGCUCUCCUUCUUGGACGGUGGCAGGGCCCCCAAGAAAGGAACCAGAGUUCUUGAAAUGUUUGCGAUUUAGUUUUUCUUUUCUUUUCUUUUGAAGGUAAUGCUCCAGAUGUCUAUCUAUCUAUCUGUUCGACUACUAAUUGGAAAUGGAUUUGGAAUUGUGAGUGUAUAUCAUAAGCUAUUUUGCGACGGAUGCAAUGCAAGUUCAUGUCAGUGUUUGUGGUGGGCGCACUUUCA